GAAGCAGAAAGACAUGGAAAACUCUAUGUUGUUUAUUCUUCUGUUUUUUCGCUUCAUUGCCAACCAAGUUUCGAUUACUAAUAUCAAUGGUGAUGAACAACAUCGCUUGGUGUUAGCAUUGUAUGUGUUUGGUAAUUCCCAUGUCGUUGCUGGAAACAACACUCAUUUGAACACACCAGCACAAGCUAACAGGUGGCCUUAUGGAAUUGAUCUUCAUAGUAUAACCAGUCGAUUCACUAAUGGGAAAACUAUGGCUGACUUUAUUGAUUCUAAAAGAAGUCAAAUAACAACAAGAAUAAGCUAUGCAUCAAGAGCAUGUAGGAUCUUAAAUACAACCGGAGUAGGAGAAUGCUUGACAUUAUCAAAACAAGUAGGAUACUUUACAUCAACUGUGACAAAAUAUCUCCCAAGGCAAUAAAUGACAAAGAGAAGUUGUAAAAACACUUGGCCAAUUCUUUGUACCUUGUCCUUGCUGGAAAUAAUGAUUACUCCAAAAAGAUGAGCACUGAAAAUGUCACCAAUAAAUACCGUCCACGAGACUAUACAGAUUACCUUCUUGAUGAAACCUCAGGUCAUAUCAAGAUACUUUAUGAACUCGGAGCUAGAAAUUUUGUAGUUUUGGGCAUUUCAAUGCGUGGGCCACAUAACUUUACAGAAGGCUGUGAAUCAAGAUACUACGCAGACGAACUUCCUCAAAGGCUGCAAAAGUUACAUUCUGAACUCUUCAGUUCAAUAUUUACCAUAUAUGACGUCUACAAGGCGUAUAACAAGAUUACGAGAAAUCCUCAAAAAUAUGGGAUCACAAACACACAAGAACCUUGUUAUGUGGACCAUGGACCAGUUUGUCCUGAUAGAUCAAAGUAUCUCAAAUUUGAUCAAUGUACCCAUCAAACUCAAAUCGCAUAUGAAAUAGCUGCAAAGGAAUGCUUCAACGGAGCUGCUUGUUCUCCUUAUACUAUUUCUCAGUUAGCCAAGGCAGCCAUCAUCAAUCAUUGAUGGAAAAUGUAACAAAUUUAAGUGAUCUAACAU